AUGACAAAUCCAGGAGAAGGUGGUGCUGCUGCUGCUGCGGUACAAGUUGAUGCUAUUCCACCCACUUUUGCUAUCGAGCCAUUUGACAAAAACGAAUCGAAAUGGUCUCGAUGGGUGAAGAGAUUCAAAGGAGCGCUGCAGAUUUUCGGAAUUCCAGAAGCAAACCAGAGAAAUAUGCUGCUACAUUACAUGGGAGCCGAGACGUAUAAUGUGCUAUGCGACCAUUUGUCUCCAACCGAACCCGAAACCAAAACAUACGAUGAGAUAGUGACACUGCUUGGAGAGUACUUCGACCCGAAGCCACUGGAGAUGGUGGAGCUGUGGAAGUUUCGUCAGCGAAUGCAACGGGAAGGUGAAUCGAUUGCGGAGUUCAUUAAGACGCUGCAGCGAGAGGCAAAGCAUUGUGGAUUUGGUGAAUAUUUGCAAAAAGGAUUCCGCAAUCAGCUGGUGUUCGGCUUGAGGAACCAGCGUAUUCGUACGAGGCUGAUCGAGGAGAAGGAGUUGACAUUCGACAAGGCGAAGCAGAUCGUGCUCUCCAUGGAAGCAUCCGGUGAAGGGGCAGAAGUGCUGAAUCGACGGAUGCACGAUGUUAACCUGACGGACCGCAAGAAGUCUCAGCCGAUACGAGAUGCUGCAGCAGCAUCCGCUGCUAGAAAGAUUUUCCUUAAGGUUAGGGUAGGUGGAUCACUGGUCCAGUUUGAGGUGGACAGUGGAUCUCCGGUAUCUCUGAUCAGUAGUGCUUACAAGGCAAAAUAUUCGACCGACUUGAAAUUACAACCGACAGACAUUGAACUGCGGAGUUACAGCGGUAACAAAAUUGGGGUUCUCGGUGUUGUGGAGCCAAAAGUUGCGUACAUAGGCCAGACAAACAAGUUGCGUUUGUUCGUGGUCGAUACUAAGCGACAUCUAUUGAUGGGACGCGAAUGGAUGCAAGAGCUACAGUUGGACUGGAACGACAUUCUGGGUGGUUCUGUUAGUUCCGUGGACAAAAUUACUUUGCGUACACCGCCACCUGUAGCGGUUAAAGGGUUGAUCGAAGAGUUUCCCACAGUCUUCGACGAAUCAAUAGGUACAAUUGAAGGGAUUCAAGCUGCCUUGCACCUUAAGCAGGAUUCCAAACCUGUGUUCCUCAAAGCUCGUUCUCUUCCGUUUUCGAUCCGUGAUAUAGUGGAACGCGAAAUCCACAGCAUGGUGGAAAGCGGCGUUCUGGUGAAAGUGGAGCGCAGCAAGUGGGCAACACCUGUAGUACCGGUUAUGAAGUCUGCCAACAAAGUUCGCUUGUGUGGAGACUAUAAACUCACGGUCAAUAAGUGUUUGCUGGUCGAUGAAUAUCCGUUGCCUACAAUUAGCGAGAUGUUUUCGAACAUGGCUGGUGGAGAAAAAUUUACUAAGCUGGAUCUAGCCCAAGCUUACCUAUGGUACGAUUGGAGGAUCAGCCGAUGCUGA